GUCGGAGCGGAGGCGGCGCGGGCGGAGCAGGCCUGGCGCUUGCGGUCCCUGCAGCCGGAGAAGCGGGGCCCCGCAAACGGAAAACAAGUGAUUGCUUUUCUUUCCUCAUUUUUGGAAGCCCUGCCCACCACGCAGCUGCAGUGGACAUCCUGGUUCCCCGAUGGACGAAGAAGACCAACUGAUCCAGCCUCAAGACCAGAGCUGCUGGGCCACCCUGCCCGAUGUGUGCCUGCGUCGUGUCUUCUGGUGGCUGGGAGACAGGGACAGGUCCAGAGCGGCCCUUGUCUGCAGGAAGUGGAACCAGACGAUGUAUUCGGCUGACCUCUGGCGAUACAGGACCAUCACGUUCAGCGGGAGACCUUCCAGGGUACAUGCGUCCGAAUUCGAGUCAGCCCUUUGGUAUGUUAAGAAAUUUGGUCAUUACCUGGAGCACCUGGAGAUCAAAUUCCUGAAUCCUUACAACGCUGUCCUGACCAAGAAGUUCCAGGUCACCAUGCGAGGCCUCCUCUCAUGUCUGGGCAAGAGUAACAACCGUCUGAAAUCUCUCUCCAUCCAGCAUCUCGAGUUGGACCGCAUGGUCUGGAGGAACAGCAUCAGGAGCUCAUUCAUGAAAAGCUUGAGCUUCUUCUUGAAGAAGAUGGGCAAACACCUGAACUAUCUCAGCCUGAAGGGGGCCAGGCUCACCACGGAACAAGGCUGCCACAUCCUCAACGCCCUGAGCUACUUACGGAGCGAGAGCACGGUGACGGAGCUCAACAUCGAGGACUAUUUCAGCCACCACCUCGCCGUCUACAGCAGUCCCCAGUUCAACAAGACCAUGGCCACGUUCCGCAACCUGGUGUUCCUGACUCUCAACUACAACUGCAUCUCUGACGAGCUGCUGGAGAACCUGUGCGACCACAACACUGGCACCCUCCGGACCAUGAACAUCAAGUGCCACGUUCAUGACCCCCACGGGCAGGUCAUCUGGGGCAUGUCUUGGGCCAAGCUGGCCAGGCACGCCACCAGCCUGAGGGUCAACUUCUUCUUUGAGCGGGUCAUGAAGUACGAGCGCUUGGCCCGGAUCCUCUUACAGGAGAUCCCCAUUAGGAGCAUCAGUCUGAGAAGCUGCUAUUUCAGCGACCCCGACUGGUCCAUGAGACCCACCCUGACGGAUCUCCUGCCCACCUUUCGGCACACUCUGCAGAAACUAACUUUUGAAUUCAACAACAGCCAUGAGUCUCUGGAUGAAGAGCUGCACCUCCUCAUCUUAUCCUGCAGGAAGUUGUUUUAUUUCAAAAUCUGGGCUUUCCUGGAUGUUAAGUUUGUGGAGCGGAUCCUAAAGAGCCGGCAGGAAGGGCAAUGUGCCCUGCGUACACUCAAGGUGAGAAUUUACACAAACAGAUAUGAGACGAAUGAAGAGGACAGGACACUGCGGGAAAUUUACAGGAAGUACAGAAAGCUGAUCAAUUCAGAGCUUAACUAUUUUGUCAUCGCUUACCCCAUGAUGUAACAACCAGCGCUCUCCAGAGAAAGAAAACCACGAGCACUUUGCACCUGACAAUCCGGUCCUCAUAGAAUGACACUUGGGGCAUCCCCUACUCCACCCCUUUUCCUCCUCUCUCUCCUUUUUUGCUGGUUUCACACCAACGUGACACCCCAGCAAUGCCUAGGAUGUCAUGCGAAGACCCCAGGUGACUUUAAAGUGCUAUCUUUGCCAACUAUCCAGGGGUGAUUUCUCUUUUUUGUGGUUUGGUUUUGCUUUUAGAGUCUCAGUCAGCCAUGGAGCUGAAGGCCCAAAGCCUCUCAGAGCAGGUUCUUACUCAGGGACCCUGACUCUUGCUAACCUUGCUCCCGAAAAGGUGCCAGGGAGCAAAUGGAGCCACGAUUUCCAUUGACUAUGAGUGUCAGCUCAGAAAGACUUUUUUUUUUUUAAACAAGAUUUGUUUAUUUAUUUUUCAUCUUUGGUCACACCCUGCAGCAUAUGAGAUCUUAUUUCUCUGACCAGGCAUUGAACCCAUAUUCCUUGCAUUAGAAGGUGGAGUCUUAACCAUUGGACCGCCAGGGAGGUCCCCCAGAAACGCUUUCUAUCUUGGCUGACCUUCAUGUCAGAGCCUCGUGCCACUGAAGCUGGCCAGGUCUGAUCUCAGAUGAAUGAAAUCCACCAGCAGGUCCUCCAGCGAAGCAGGGGGAUUCCCACGUGUAGACAGAGCCGCUUAGAGCCAGAACUCCUUCCCACAGGAGCUCAGCUCCUAAUCUGUUGGUGUUAUGGACUCAGAUCUCCCACAUCUGCUUUUCUGGUUCUCCUUUAUUUUCCCCAUCCAGGCAGCAUGGUGCUCAGCCUGCUACGAAAGCUCGGUUCUCAUGUGGGGCUGAACCAGAAGUGACCAUGACCUUCGUAGUCACUACAAAGCAUCUGUAAUGUCCUGGAGAAAUGUCCCUGAUACAAUGCUAAGUGAAAAAGGCAUGACACAAAACUGUGUUUCGUGUGAUAUCAAUCAUGAUAAAAUACAAGUACAGGGUUUUUUUUAAGCAUAGGAGAGAUAUACCAAAAAUGUUAAUAGUGAUCUCUGAGUGGUGGGAUUAUGGGUGAUUUUUAUUUUCCUUUUUAUGCUGUCCGCUAUUUCUCAGAUUUUCUACAAAGACCAUGUGCUAUUUUUAUAGUCACAGGGAAACAUGAUGUGUUUUAAACGGGAAGUAUGGAUAAACUCCUGAGCCCAUGCUGUUGACAUGGAUUGCUUCUGAUCUUUUGAGAUUUUGUGCAUAUAGUUCUACCCAGGGUUUUUUCCCCAAUCAGUUCAGUUCAGCCGCUCAGUCAUGUCCCACUCUUUGCGACCCCAUGAACUGCAAUACGCCAGGCCUCCCUG